CAGCUGGUGUGGAGGUCAGAGGACAAGUAGAGGGAGUCUGUUUUCACCUUGCAACUUGUGGAGUCUGGAGACUGAGCUCAGGCCUUAAGGCUUGGUGCAAGAAUCCUUGCUUACCCAGCUAUCUUGCUGACCUGAGGGAGAAUUUUCUAAAGACUUGUUAGUGCCUGUUGAAAUUCUUAAUACUGAGUUACUACUGGAGAGUGAGUUUGUGUGACAUUCUACUAAUGUCAUGUUAUUUAUAUAUAAGGGUUUUGUGUUUUCACAACAGAUAUGUUUAUAGUAGCAUUUUAUUUGGUGUCUGUCAUUGACAUAUUCUGGUAUGGAGUAAUUGGGAGUAUAUUUUUUCCUUUCCCUUUCACUCAAGACAGGAAGGCACAGUUGUAGUAUUCUUUAAAGUUUUUGCAUUUACAGUAAUUGUACCAUUAUGUAUAGGAAGAAGAAGGAAAUACUUCUAAAACACAAAAAAGUUCCUGGCUUCAAGAGUGUGUUUUAUCCUUAUCUCCAACUAGUGAUCUUAUGGUUAUAGCUCGGGAACAAAAGGCCGCAUUCCUAGUGCCAAAAUGGAAGAACAGUGAUAAAGGGAAGGAAGAAAUGCAGUUUGCUAUUGGCUGGAGUGGCUCCUUAAGUGUGGAAGAAGGGGAGUAUGUGACCAGUGCUCUGUGUAUCCCACUGGCAAGUCAAAAGAGGAGUUCCACUGGGCGCCCUGACUGGACCUGCAUUGUGGUGGGCUUUACAUCUGGUUAUGUGCGGUUCUACACUGAGAGUGGUGUGCUUUUGCUUGCACAACUUCUGAAUGAGGACAAAGUGCUUCAGCUUAAAUGCAGGACCUAUGAAAUCCCCCGACACCCUGGAGUGACUGAGCAGAAUGAAGAACUGAGCAUCUUAUACCCAGCGGCCAUCGUGACUAUUGACGGCUUCAGUCUUUUUCAGUCUCUUCGCGCUUGUCGAAACCAGGUAGCAAAAGCUGCAGCAUCAGGCAGUGAGAACGUACAACCACCACCAUUAGCUUAUAAGAAAUGGGGUCUACAAGAUAUUGACACUAUUAUUGAUCAUGCUAGUAUUGGUAUCAUGACUCUGUCACCAUUUGAUCAAAUGAAGACUGCUUCCAAUAUAGGUGGAUUCAAUGCUGCAAUUAAGAACAGCCCCCCAGCCAUGUCUCAGUACAUCACUGUAGGGUCCAGUCCGUUCACUGGCUUCUUCUAUGCACUAGAGGGCAGCACACAGCCGCUGUUAUCUCAUGUGGCGCUCGCAGUUGCAAGUAAACUGACUUCUGCUCUCUUUAGUGCUGCCAGUGGUUGGCUUGGUUGGAAAAGCAAGCAUGAGGAAGAAACUGUCCAGAAGCAGAAGCCCAAGAUGGAGCCAGCCACUCCACUAGCCGUGAGAUUUGGACUUCCGGAUUCUAGACGCCAUGGAGAAAGCAUAUGCCUGUCUCCUUGUAGUACUCUGGCAGCAGUCACAGAUGAUUUUGGCAGAGUUAUCUUGUUGGAUGUAGCUCGAGGAAUCGCAAUACGGAUGUGGAAAGGGUAUCGGGAUGCACAGAUCGGGUGGAUUCAAAUUGUAGAGGACCUCCAUGAGCGAGUACCAGAAAAGGGAGAUUUCUCCCCCUUUGGAAAUACUCAAGGUCCCAGUCGAGUAGCUCAGUUCCUUGUGAUCUAUGCACCACGAAGGGGGAUUUUGGAAGUGUGGAACACACAGCAAGGGCCUAGAGUGGGAGCUUUCAACGUGGGUAAGCACUGCAGGCUGUUGUAUCCUGGCUACAAAAUAAUGGGCUUAAACAACGUGACAAGUCAGAGUUGGCAGCCUCAGACUUACCAGAUCUGUCUUGUGGACCCGGUGUCUGCAAGUGUGAAAGCGGUGAAUGUGCCUUUCCACUUAGCCCUGAGUGAUAAGAAGAGUGAAAGAGCCAAAGACCUGCACUUAGUGAAGAAGCUGGCAGCCCUGCUGAAAACAAAAGCCCCCAGGCUUGAUUCAUUUGAAACGGAAAUAAAGGAGUUGAUUCUUGAUAUUAAGUACCCUGCAACCAAGAAACAAGCUCUGGAAAGCAUUUUGGCCAGUGAACGUUUACCAUUUUCCUGCCUUAGAAAUGUUACUCAGACUUUAAUGGACACUUUAAAAAAUCAAGAACUUGAGUCUGUUGAUGAAGGAUUGCUACAGUUUUGUGCCAGUAAAUUGAAAUUACUACAUCUUUAUGAAUCUGUCAAUCAAUUAAAUUCUCUUGAUUUUCACUCAGAUACACCGUUCUCUGAUAACGACUUGGCUGUGCUGCUGAGGCUGGAUGACAAGGAACUCCUGAAGCUCCGGGCCUUAUUGGAAAAGUACAAACAAGAAAACACCAAGGCCACUGUCCGGUUUUCUGAGGAUACAGAUGGCGUGCUGCCUGUUCAGACCUUCCUUGACUAUGUAGAGUAUGAGAAGGGUGCGCUCAGCAUAAAGAACAUAAGUGAAGAGGCGCACGUGGCUCUAGGCAGUUUCUUUUUCUGGAAGUGUUUGCAUGGAGAAAGCUCCACUGAGGAUAUGUGCCACACCCUGGAGUCUGCUGGACUCAGUCCUCAGCAGUUACUGUCUCUGCUCCUAAGUGUUUGGCUUUCAAAGGAAAAGGAUAUUUUGGACAAACCACAGUCUGUCUGCUGUCUUCACACCAUGCUGUCCCUGCUGAGCAAGAUGAAAGUGGCCAUCGAUGAGACAUGGGACUCUCAGUCUGUGUCCCCGUGGUGGCAGCAAAUGCGCAUGGCCUGUAUCCAGUCGGAGAACAAUGGAGCGGCCCUGUUGUCUGCACACGUUGGGCAUUCCGUUGCUGCACAGAUGUCUAACAAUGCUACAGAUAAGAAAUUCUCCCAGGCAGUUUUGGGUGCUGAUGCAGAAGCCCUCACAGACUCCUGGGAAGCCCUUUCUCUUGACACUGAGUACUGGAAGCUGCUGCUGAGACAGCUGGAGGACUGCCUCAUACUCCAGACUCUGCUGCACAGCAAGGUGAACCCACCCACCGCCAAAGGGUCAUCUCCACAGACAGAGCCACUUCCAAGGCUUUCUGUUAAAAAGUUAUUAGAAGGGGGAAAAGGUGGUGUUGCAGACAGUGUAGCCAAGUGGAUAUUUAAACAAGACCUCAGCCCUGAAUUGUUGAAAUGUGCCAACAAAGAAAGAGAUGUAGAAAACCCAGAUGAGCCCCAAGAAGACUUGCUCCAUCUAGCCUAUGAACAGUUCCCUUGUAGCCUUGAGCUGGACGUGCUGCAUGCCCAUUGCUGCUGGGAGUAUGUUGUUCAGUGGAAUAAAGACCCAGAGGAAGCACGCUUUUUGGUUAGGUCCAUAGAACACUUGAAGCACAUUCUUAAUGCACAUGUUCAAAAUGGUAUCGCGCUGAUGAUGUGGAAUACGUUCUUGGUUAAAAGGUUUUCUGCUGCUGCCUACUUAAUGGAUAAGGUUGGAAAGUCUCCAAAGGAUAGGCUAUGCCGAAGGGAUGUGGGGAUGAGUGACACAGCAAUGACAUCCUUCCUUGGUUCCUGCCUGGAUCUUCUUCAGACAUCACUGGAGGCUGACAUUAGCAGGGAUGAAAUGCAGGUGCCGAUCCUGGACACUGAGGAUGCCUGGCUGUCCGUGGAAGGCCCUGUCUCUAUAGUGGAGCUGGCGCUUGAGCAGAAGCCUAUUCACUACCCACUGGUGGAGCAUCAUUCCAUCUUGUGCUCCAUUCUGUACGCAUCCAUGCGCUUUUCUCUGAAGAGUGUGAAGCCACUUGCCCUUUUUGAUAGCAAGGGAAAGAAUGCAUUUUUUAAGGAUUUAACUUCAAUUCAAUUGUUACCUAGUGAAGAAAUGGAUCCAAAUUUUAUUUCUGUAAGACAACAGUUCUUACUGAAAGUUGUCAGUGCAGCUGUCCAGGCUCAGCACUCCAUCACCAAGGACGAAGGUCCCUCUGAAGACGCAGCAACUGCUCAUAGCAAAGACCACAAUUGGCCAGUCCUGGCUGUGGAUUUAGCCCAUCACCUUCAAGUGAGUGAAGAUGUCAUUCGAAGGCAUUAUGUGGGAGAGCUGUACAACCAUGGAGCUGACCUCUUGGGAGAGGAGGCCAUUCUGCAAGUUCAUGACAAAGAAGUCCUGGCGUCUCAGCUGCUGGUGCUGACAGGGCAAAGGCUGGCUCAUGCACUUUUCCACACCCAGACAAAAGAAGGCAUGGAGCUGCUGGCCCGACUCCCACCCACGCUCUGCACCUGGCUGAAGGCAAUGAACCCCCAAGAUCUUCAAAACACUGAGGUGCCAAUUGCAGCAACAGCUAAACUAGUGCAUAAAGUGAUGGAGCUCCUGCCAGAAAAACAUGGGCAGUACAGCCUCGCCUUACACCUCAUUGAAGCUGUGGAAGCCAUGGCUACUUUAUGACAGUAGUCUACAGUCCUGGAACUACAUAGUCACUGCAUGUCAUUUUACACAGUAACACUGGGGACUUUUUGGAGGUUUUAUGUUUUUGUAUAAUAAAAAAAUAAAUAUAUUACUUUUAAAAAGUGCAAUCCUGGCUAAAUUCCACUUCUUCAGUUGAGACUGGAGAUUAAAUAUAAACACAGUAACUAUCCUAUAAUUGAUGCAGAUGCUUUACUGUUUAUUUUUUCAUUCAAAUAAGCAGCUUUAUUGUUAAUAUUAGACUUUGGUAUUGUAACUGGUUAUUCUUUGCAGAUUUUGUUCUUACUGUAGUAGUUCAUACCCAAGUGACUCCUGUGGGGAUUGUGUUCAUAUAGCUUCCAUCAGCACGCUAGAGAUGCAGCCCAUGUCCCUUUACCACAUGCAGAAAUGUCCUCAUGGAUGGUCCUGUUCCAGGAUGCCACCUGACAGGGAGCUCUCAGUGCUGACCACUUCCUGUCCAGGGCUCUGCUGCUGCUGCUGUCACAGGAGAAAAGGCUUGAGAUCACCAGAGGGACCUGGGAAGGAUCCCGGGCCUGCUGUUUUGCCAGAAUCAGGGAUCAGAGAUGUGAACAAUGCAGCAAAGUCAAUUAUAAUGUAAAUUAAGAUUUACUCUAUUUUGUCAAGUUCCAAAAUUUUAUCCAAAUCAGGUAACUGUAAAAAUAUAUUAUCUUGUAAGACAUGUUUAAAAAAAAAAAAAAAAAAAAAGCAAAGAUUCUAAAAUAUUUAAAGUCCAACUUUAUUUUUCUUCCAAGUGUUCAAAAAUGUCUGUUUCUGGGACUUGGUCAUACUGCCUGUCCUGGGAGCAGAACAGAGAAUAAUACACUUUGUGCUGUCACAGCCUUAGCAACCCUACCUCACAGCUGGGGGCAGAGAAAGACAAACUGCAACUAGUUCUGUACCCUGUAGUGCCUAGAGCAGUCCAAGUGCUAACCAAGUGUGUGAUAAGCCCACCUAACCCGGCCUGUCAGCAGUGCUUUGCGCUCUGCAGAUCAGCAAGUUCUUGCUGCAGUUCAACUGUCUCUGGAAUGCAGCCAUACAG